CUACCUCCGUCCCAGAGUAUUUGUCCACUUUCAUUUUUACACACCAUCCAAUACACUUCUUUAAUCCAUUUUAUCUUGUAAUUUGUAUAUUAAAAAAUUAUAGAAAUUAUAUAUUAAUAAUCUAUAUGUUAAGACAAAUCAAACAAGAUCACACAUGACUAUAUUUAGGUUUACACACUGAGAGAAUUUGAUGAGUCAAAGGGUAUUGUGUGACCCGAAGAUUUCGCCCAGGAUGAAAGGCAAGUUCUACCGAUCCGUAGUCAGACCUGCUAUGUUAUAUGGGGCAGAGAGUUGGGCGGUUAAGAAGACUCAUGUGCGUCGUCUGCAUGCGGCGGAGAUGCGGAUGUUACGAUGGAUGUGUGGGAAGACAAGGUUGGAUAGGAUUUUGAAUGAAGUUAUCCGACGUCAGGUAGGCAUGGCGGCGGUGGAAGAUAAAUUGCGGGAAGCGAGGUUGAGAUGGUUUGGUCAUGUGAGACGGCGGGAUGCUGACGCCCCUGUACGGAGAUGUGAGCGGAUUACGGUUAUCGGGGGUAGUAGGGGAAGGGGUAGACCUAAGAAGAAUUGGAAGGAGGUGAUUAGACAUGAUUUAGGACUUCUCACCCUGACUGAGGAUAUGGCUUUAGAUAGGAACCUUUGGAGAACUAGGAUUAGAGUAGCUGGUUAGGAACUCGGUGCUACAGAGGUAUUGGAAACAUAUACUCCCUCCGUUUGGAAAAAGUGUUCCUAUUUUGACUUUGUGUAAAAAUAAGGAAGUAUUAAAUUGUAGUUGACUUCCAAUUUUGCCCUUGAUGUGAUAGGUAAAAGUAAGAUGUGAUGGAUAGAUUAUUAGAUAUAAAGUAUGAUGUGAUAGGUAAGGUAUGAAAAAGUAAGGGUAAAAGUGGUUUUUUAAUAGAAAGUGGAAGUGUUUUGUUGGAAGUAAAAAAAAUGAAAGAGGAAGUGUUUU